CCGGACAAAAUCAAGGUACAGGCAAUGAACGUGAUACGUGUUUUUAGUGGUGAAAACCACGGGUUCGUGGUUCUUUUAUUAGCAGCUUUAAUUUUCGGGACUGUAAAAUCGGACAUAAUUGAUCCGGACUUUAAGGAGCCAAUUUCAAACGUGACCGCUCCAGUAGGUAGAGAGGCUAUAUUGUCUUGUGCUGUUCAAGAUCUUGCUGGUUACAAGGUUGCAUGGCUUCGAGUGGAUACACAGACCAUUCUUACUAUAGCAAAGCAAGUCAUCACGAAAAAUUACAGGAUCGGGGUGACUCACAUCGAUCACAGAAUCUGGUUUCUUCACAUUCGCGAAGUUAGAGAAUCAGAUCGUGGCUGGUACAUGUGUCAAAUAAAUACAGAUCCCAUGAAGAGUCAAGUCGGUUAUCUAGAUGUUGUUGUGCCGCCGGACAUAAUUGAUUAUCAGACAAGCACAGAUAUGGUGGUUCGUGAAGGAAGCAAUGUGACUUUAAGAUGUGCAGCGACUGGUUCUCCAACGCCCAAUAUCACCUGGCGAAGGGAGGAUGGCCAAACAAUUGUUCUUGGAAACGGAAGAGAAGCGCUGAGUGUGGAGGGUCCUCUUUUCGAAAUCACAAAAGUAAAUCGGAUGCACAUGGGGUCGUAUUUGUGUAUCGCAUCGAACGGAAUUCCUCCCUCUGUAAGCAAAAGGAUUAUGCUGAUAGUUCAUUUUCCUCCAAUGAUCUGGAUUCAAAAUCAAUUGGUGGGAGCACGAGAGGGCCAACAAAUAACUUUAGAAUGUCACUCAGAGGCUUACCCAAAGUCUAUCAACUACUGGACAAUGGAGAAGGAUGAAAUUGUUCCACAAAGUGGAAAAUAUGAACCUGCACUUGUAGAUAGUGCAUACAAAGUUCAAAUGAAAUUGACAAUACGUUCAAUUACCGCUUCAGAUUAUGGAACAUACAAAUGCGUUUCCAGAAACUCUUUGGGUGACACGGAUGGUAGCAUAAAACUUUAUCGAAUUCCGUCCAGUUCUGGCUACCACACAGGAAACGAUACAUACAAAGGUAAGCUUAGAAAAAAUGCUGGGAACGAAAUUCUCGAGGGAAGUCAGGAUAUGUUGAAAGAACGAGAUCCAGAUUACGACGAUGUUUCUGAUUCAUCGAAUAUGAAAUGCUGCAUUGAAUUGAUCACACUUUCAAUUAUGCUGGUAAUCUGCUUUCAUCAUCAUCCCCAACUACAAGUGCUUCAUCCUGCUUGAAAUAUUGAUGGAUUUGUGCAUUUCAAAAAAAAAGUGUACUUUUGAACAAUUGAUUCUGCUAUUGCAGAAAAAUAAUUUAGAGAGCUUCUACUCAAUUUUAACAAUAACGUGAAGACAUGUCGAUAAUUACUUCAAUGGAGACUCGAUUCCUGUCCAUUAUAAAGUUCAGUUUCAUAGUCUUAUUCUGCUCUAGUGAGUAAUACUGAUGAAUUCUAAAUUCAGAACUGUCAUUAUACUUAUGAGCAUUUCAACUAAAUGCAUAAGAAAACAAGUUGAGUGUUUACUAAAGUAUUCAUUGUCAUAGAGAUGUUAGUAUUAAUAGACUACUAAAAUAUUUGAAGCUUGUAUGCGGGCAAGUUCAGAGUGUCACUUCAAAUGUUAUUCAGCCCUUAAAAUCUGAUAGUCAGUAAGAAGUCCUUUCACACGUAUCAUUUAAAACCUUAAAGCACUUGGCAGUUCGGCGAAUAAUAAUUAAACAAUAAAU